UCCGCAAGGUGGCGACUACGGCGGGCGCAGACUAAAAAGACAGACUUUUUUCUAUAUUAAUACACACGCCAGGAAUCAGUGCAAAAACCGAGGCAACGCAAUGGCUGCUAGAUUCAUACAGAAAAUUCUGAAUCAACUGGGUUUGAUUGCUGCGCGUGAUGCUCCGGCGGCGACAGCGACGCCAGCAGUGAACCAGGUCAACGCGACUCCCGCCGCCAGCCGGUCCUACUCCUCCGGCACCAAGAAGGUCACCCUGAUCCCCGGCGAUGGCAUCGGACCUGAGAUCUCCGCUGCCGUUCAGAAGAUCUUCACCGCUGCCAACGUGCCUAUCGAGUGGGAGGCCGUGGACGUGACCCCCGUUCGGGGCCCCGAUGGAAAAUUUGGCAUCCCACAGGCUGCCAUUGACUCGGUGAACACGAACAAGAUCGGCCUGAAGGGUCCCCUGAUGACGCCCGUGGGCAAGGGACAUCGAUCGUUGAACUUGGCCCUGCGUAAGGAGUUCAACCUGUACGCCAACGUGCGUCCAUGCCGCAGUCUUGAAGGCUACAAGACGCUGUACGACGAUGUUGAUGUGGUCACCAUUCGCGAGAACACUGAGGGCGAGUACUCUGGUAUCGAGCACGAGAUCGUCGAUGGCGUCGUUCAGAGCAUCAAGCUGAUCACCGAGGAGGCCUCCAAGCGUGUGGCUGAGUACGCUUUCCAGUACGCCAAGAACAACAACCGCAAGAAGGUUACUGUUGUGCACAAGGCAAACAUUAUGCGCAUGUCCGACGGUCUCUUCCUGCGCUGUGUCCGCGACAUGGCCCAGAAGUUCCCAGAAAUUCAGUUCGAAGAAAAGUAUCUGGAUACCGUUUGCCUGAACAUGGUGCAGAACCCCGGAAAAUACGACGUGCUGGUCAUGCCAAAUCUGUACGGUGAUAUUCUGUCUGAUAUGUGCGCCGGUUUGGUGGGCGGUCUCGGUCUGACGCCCUCCGGCAACAUGGGUCUGAACGGUGCCCUCUUCGAGUCCGUGCACGGAACCGCUCCUGAUAUUGCCGGCAAGGAUCUUGCCAAUCCCACCGCCCUGCUGCUGUCGGCGGUGAUGAUGCUGCGCCACAUGGAGCUCAACACGUACGCCGACAAAAUCGAGCGUGCCGCCUUCGAGACCAUUAAAGAGGGCAAGUAUCUCACCGGUGAUCUCGGCGGCCGUGCCAAGUGCUCCGAGUUCACGAACGAGAUCUGCGCUAAGCUGUAGACGAUAGAUCACGGAUCACCCGCAUAAAACUGUAGCAAGUAUCGCCAACAACAUCCGAUAAGAACCGAGCAGAGAAUACCGUCAGGAAAAUUGUGCAGAGGGAAGAUGAUGCAGUAUGAACAACAGCAAUUGAACACUCGCCCCAAACCAAAAAUAUAUAGCAGCAAAAACAACAACAACAGCAACCACACUCACUAACUUUGCCGAAAGUUUCUUACGUUUAACCUAUUAAAAUUUUGCCAAAAUUAUCCUCAACCCAACAAAAACAAACAAAAAAUUUUAAAGUUAACACUACCUAAAGUAUUUUUAUGUUCGAAUACCUAGGUAUAUUAAUUUAAUUUGCUUAGGCCAAACUUGCAAGCGUUAAAAUUCGUUAAAUUGCCAAUUUUACUUGCGGUAGUAAAGUAUUUUUGUCGCCAUCCAGCCAAAACCUUGAGUUAUUAUUGUUUAUAUAAUUCGUAUGCAAAAAUAUAAUCUUAAUUAUUUAUUGAUUAUUAAUUUCCUAAUUUGUUUAGCCUUUUGAGUUAAGUGCGUGCAGCUGUGACCCACUUAAAGAAAGCAAACAUUUUGUCAAAUUCGAGGCAAAACGUGUGAAAUAGAAGCCAGACUAGUUGAAAGUUGAGUGUAAACGGUUACAAUAAUGUUAUUCUAAACAGAACACAAACUAAACUUAUUCAAACCAAGAGAGAAAUACACAAAUGCUAUGAAAAUUAAAAGCAAUUGUUAUUAAUAAUUAAGCGAAUUGUAAUGCAAAAUCAUCAUGCAAUUGUUAAAACUCAAUAAAGUAAACCAAACUAAA